UUGAGGAUGAAGGAGAGGUUCUGGGGUUGGGUGUUAGUUGAUCAGUUGGUUGUCUUGUAUUCGAUGGAUGGGAGGGUGGUGCUGGGGGAUAACGCACGCUGGCUGUCUUGGGAUCCAUUGUCGUCGUUGGGUGUUGCAAUAGGUUCGGAAUACUGAUGAGUUACGACGAGGAAGAAAGAGAGAGUCAAAGGCCCUGUUCUAUUUCUCCCACUUCGUCGGGACCCGCGGGUUUUCCCUUCGGGUUGGAAUUGUCCAGAUGCCGAGCACGACGGUUGACGAUGGUGUUUCACACGAGAAGGGUUGGUUGGUUACACUUAUACGUUUGGAACGGUCAAGCACUUGUUCUGUUCAGCUACCAUUGCAACUUUAUAUCAUGGAGGGGAACAAUUCCACUUCUUAUCAGAGACCAGUUAAAAGCAAGUACGAUUAUCAUUAUUUAUUUGCUUUUUCUUGUUUCUAUAACUCUUUUUUUUUUUUUUUUUUUUUUUUCCUCUCUCAUCUUGCUCCAUCGUGGCGCGUUCGGAGCUCGUCCUUCACAUGACGCAGUUCUAACUUACACGAUAGCGGGGGCUAGGGAAAAGGAUGUCGUAAUAGGUAUUGCCCGCAUCUCCAAUUUUUGGACAUUGUACUUACGGGAGUGGGGGAGAGCUCGGGGAGGAGCGCGUAGAGUAGCUCAUGUGGGUUGGGACCAAUUUAACCGCCUGUUUUACCCGCACCAAUCGACGUCUGCGGCAAUGGGAGUCUAGAUAGAUGCUGUUGGGAUGGCGAUACACUUUUGCUUGUACUGUGGUCGCCGAAGAGAGGGGAUUCUCAAGGCAAAUCACAGGCGCAAGUUAUUCUUCCCUUAGGUGGGUAACUGAAAUCUGCUGAUGAACAAGAACUUAAUGGCGCAGAAAUCUUUAUCUGUGAAGUUUGCCUUGCGGUAGUUGUUCGUGAUGUGAUCUCCAUCAACUCUGGCUACACCAACCACACUUACCUU